AUGAAGCGUCGCAUUGGGCUCCUGUUGGUAGCGGUCACCUGCAUCGCGGCUAGUACCACGGCCGCAGCCAAUGGGCUCCCCGCGCUGCCAUUUGCCGCCGCCCCGCCGGCGGCGCCCUCCCCCGAGCCGAGCGAGGGCGCCGGUACCUAUGUGAACGUGUACGGCUGGAUCAAGUGCUACCCGGAGGCUAUCGUGCGGCCGAGCACCACGCAGCAGCUCGCCGACGCAGUCCGGCAGCUGCGGGCCGCCGCAAAGGCCGCCGGCAAGCAGCUCAAGCUCCGCGUCUCCCGCACCCGCUUCCACGGCACUCCCAGCUUCGUCUGCCCCGGCAGCUUCAGCGGCGGCGUCGGCUCGCCGAUCCCCUUCAUCCAGCCCUACAAGCAGCCCGCCAAGAGCGCGGCGGCGCCGAGCACCGUGGCGGUCCUGAUCGAUGAUCUGAAAGAGGUGCUGACCGUUGACCGGUCAAACUACCGGGUCACCGUGCAGGCGGGGCUGCGCGUCGACCAGCUCCUCACGUGGGCGGAGGCCAACGGGAUGGCGAUGGAAAGGGGCGCGAUCGCGUCAUAUGCGGAGCUAUCAAUCGCGGGCGUGCUCGCCACCGGCGGCCACGGCACGGGCCACAACGUGUCCUGCAACAUGGCCGACGCAACGAUCAACAUCACCUGGGUCGACCCGGACGGCGGCAUCCACACCAGCGCGCGCGACAGCCCCGAGGGCCACGCGCUGUCUGGCGGGGUCGGCCUUCUCGGCAUCAUCACAGAGGUGGCUGUCCAGCUGACGCCGCCGACGCUGACUAAGGCCCUGAGCAAGACCUUCCUGCGGGAUGCGACCCUGCCCGCUGACAUCGAUGGCUACCUCCAGGCAAGACAGCUGGCCGGGCGAUCGCUUGCUUAUGCGCCUGAGUUUACCAUAUAUUUGAUGUUUGAAAACAAAGUCGCAUGCGCUCGAGCCGCUGCGGCGAACACGCCGUUUGUCGCUAUCGUGUGGCGGCCAGACAUCUUCAAAUACAGCGCCUUCCAGAUGUUUGCCACAGAGUCCCUCAACACCGGCAGCUCCUGGGCCCUGGUGCCGCCGGUGCCGACAGCCUUUGUGUCCCUCCUGGAGAUGUUUUAUCUGCCGUGGCAGGGUGACUACAACGACGUGCUGCUGUCCAAGAUACUCAACCCGCUCAACUGCAUAUCGCAGCUGGCCACCAUCUUCCUGCAGACCUGGGCGGGCCUCGGCCUCAUCCCGCAGGUGAUCGCCGCCGGGAGCACAAACAAGGUGAUGGGCGGCGGGUGCCUGCCCAACUGCCCCUGGGAGCAGGGGCUGGCGGUUGAUGACGUCGCAUUCAUCAUUGACAGGUCUCAGCUGCCUGACUGGAUCAAUGACAUCAAGAAAAUUAUCCACUUUGACCUCCAGGAUAACGGGAAGGCGCCAGACAGGUGCCUGUCCAACGGUCACUUCCUGAUCCGUUUCGGCAAGGACUCGCGCGACUACGCCGGCAUUAUGGGCGGCCUCAAGGAGCCGGUCUCCGUGGAGCUGGCAUCGCUGCGCGCCAAGGCGCUGCCCAACGUUCACAACAAGUUCUCGUUCGUGCAGGAGGCCUUUGAGCAGCUGACCCUCUGCAAAUACAAGGGGCGGCCCCACUGGGGCAAGAACUUUGACCGCACCUUCACCAGCCCGGACUGCCCAGUCCGCGACAACCACUGGAAGUUCGACGCGCUGCUCGACCUGGCAGCCAAGUACGACCCCGACAAGGUGCUGCAGCCGCCGCUGAUGACCAAGGUGAUCUCCAGGACGCCCUUCGGCUACUUCCCCCGCUGCGCCCUCGCGAAGCAGUGCUACUGCAAGGAGGAUGCGCACUGCGGCGAGGGCCACGCGUGCGUGCCGAGCGCGGCGUUCCCGGAGUACAAGGUGUGCAGGCCGGCCGACCUCAAGGCCAGCCUUGGGUAG